AUGGAAGGGCCGCAUGAGUUUCAGGAGCUCCUAGCGUCAUAUAGCAGUGAGGAAAUGUUAGCGGCGGCUCCAGCAGGAAACGCCAGGGCUUUUGACGAAACGCAACUUAUUGGAGUAUCUGCACCUGCGACUACGCAUCUACCUGGUGUAUCCGAACUCGUGAACGGUGAAGCUUCAGAGCAAUUGGAGGUGAAUUGUGACGUCCAUCGGGAUGACUAUUGGCAGAUUGCUACACCUGGUCCAGCAUACGUACUGUGGUGGUAUGCCUAUACUGCGGCGAUGUCCAGCCGUUUUGGACAGUAG